AUGCCCUAUAGUUUAGGGAGCGACAAGCUCGAAAAGACGAACCUUGAGAAAAUCAAGAGCAAGCUGUCGGAAGAUGAAGAAAGGAAGUUGACCACAGAUAUGCGCGAGCUCUACGACAGGUUAAUACCGACUGAGAAGGUUGAGGAGAACCGCAAAAAGCUUGUCGUCAAAUUGGAGAAAAUCUUCAACGAGGAGUGGCCGGGAAAUGACAUCCGCGUCAAUCUCUUUGGUUCGUCGGGUAACCUGCUUUGCUCCGAUGACUCCGAUGUCGACAUUUGCAUCACGACACCAUGGAAGGAGAUGGAGGGCGUUUGCAUGAUUGCGAACCUCCUCGCAAAGAAGGGCAUGGAGAAGGUGGUCUGUAUUUCCGCCGCGAAAGUCCCGAUUGUCAAAAUCUGGGACCCCGAACUCGGCCUCGCAUGCGACAUGAACGUGAACAACACUCUGGCUUUGGAGAACACGCGAAUGGUGCGCACUUAUGUCGAGAUCGACCCACGAGUGAGGCCACUGGCGAUGAUUGUCAAGUACUGGACACGGAAGAGGAUCGUGAAUGACGCCGCCUUCGGCGGCACACUCAGUUCCUACACGUGGAUUUGCCUGAUCAUCGGAUUCCUGCAACUCCGCGACCCGCCAGUCCUUCCGUCACUGCACCAGCGACAACACCAAAGGCUCCCUAAGAAGGGUGGGCCGGAGAGCGCGUUUGCCGAUGACCUCGACAAGCUUCGUGGGUUUGGCGACAAGAACAAAUCUUCUUUGGGUGACCUUUUGUUUCAAUUCUUCAGGUUUUAUGCGCACGAGUUCGAUUACGAGAAGAAUGCCAUCUCGGUCCGCCUUGGUCGGAAAGUGUCGAAACAGGAGAAGGGAUGGCAUAUUGGUCUGAACAACUUCCUGUGUGUGGAGGAACCAUUCAACACCGUUCGCAACUUGGGCAACACUGCAGAUGAAUACUCUUUCCGCGGCCUUCAUCUCGAGUUGCGACGAGCAUUUGAUCUGAUCUCGGAAGCCAAACUGGAUGAGUGUUGCGAGCAGUACAUUUACCCGAAGGAGGAGCCGCCAACUUUCCAAAGGCCCGCGCAGACUUCGCGUCCGGUCAUGAUUCGCAGUUCUUCGCAGCAGCAUUCUGGCAGAGGAGGUGGCCGCGGCAACUACCGUGGCGGUCGUCAUUCUAACAACUUCCACCGCAACGGAAACUCCAACCGGAGAGCGUCGUCGAGCGUUGCUUAUGAUACUAACACAAUGUACAUGCCGCAAGUAGCUGUCACACCGCAGGAGCUCGCCUGGUACACACAACAGCCGUCAGCUCACCAGCUUCAGUACCCCGCGCUUGUGAGUGCAGCCAUGGCCGCCCAAUUACAGCAGGAAAAUAACCUUCGCAUCCAGCUCUACAGCCAGUCCCAGGUAUACCAGCAAGUACAAGCCCAGAUGGCUGCGCAAAUGCAUGCUGCACAGAGAAUGCAAAGCUCCAACGCAAACUCGCAGCAGGGCUCCGAGCGAUCUAGGACCAACUCGUUCGACAACCCUCCCCUAAGUGCUCCCAUCGCUGCUCCUGAAUGGUACAGCAUGUAUGGUGGUGUUCCCUUCCCCGCUACCUACUACAACCAGUCUGGAUUCACGUACCCAUCCUCGCCUGCAACAACCACGGCGACACCGGAGUACCGUCGAGGACUGCAAAGGUCUUCAGUGACAACGGAAUCCGGCACCUCGACGUCGGGAAGCUCGCUUAGGUCUCAAUCGCAGCCUGCUUCGCGGUCUGGCCCAGCAGGACAACAGGCGCAAGGCUACCCUGGCUCCAGCACGCCAACGAAUGGAAGCUCGCAUCCGCCCCGCCAGGUCAAUGGAGUUCCGAUCCCGAGCUUCAUCCCUGACGACGCUGAUUACGACGAGGCGCCUCAACGGCCUGCAAGCAACUCGCCAAACUCCGACGAUGGAGCUGCGUACUUGGGCUACUACGUUUCAGAAGCAUCCAGUCCAGCCCGCUCUCAAGGUGCUCCCAAUACACUCGCCUUGGGAGAACUUUCACAGCCAAGUCAAGGGCGCCGAAGACUUUCGACUGAAGUCCCGCAGACCAUAUUGGACCGCCGGAUGCGAAGAACGUCACGCUCACCAUCCCCUCUGGGCCAUACUCGAACCUUUUCAACGAGCACGUCAGCCGCGAACGGGCAGUCAUCAACUCCUCCCAUCGCUAAUGGACGGACAGCAGCAAGACCGUUGGUGGUCAACGGGACGGGCUCUUCUCUACGCACGAGCUCUACUCCCUUCCAGUCAGCCCCAGUACCCGACGCGACGCCGGCCGAAGACUCAUCUAGAUCGUCUCAGGAAACCCCACUCCAAGCUCAAGGCUUAGGAAUUAGCGGUUUUACUACGGACCAGGUUGAUGGUCAGCCUUCGUUUCGGUCUGAGCCUGUGAAGACACCUAUUUCAGAGCGUCCCCCAGUGAUUGUCAACGGCACGACCACACCCUCAUCGAUCAGCAACACUGCUGCCACGGCUUCGCCUGCUUCAGCGCCUCGACCUGUCGACGACCCUUCGUUUCGCGACAGAAUUGCCUUGAUGAAUCAGUAUGGGUGGUCACAGCAAGCUCAGGCGUCGCCGGAGGUUCCCGUCGGAAACCAAAUUUCCCUGCAGCGAAGGGCUUUGCGACAGCAAAGUGGGGUGAUAGCACCGCUCGAUCUGGCGACCAGGGAGAACAGGAUGAACGGCCACCAACUUAGCAUUGAUGCUCAACAUCUCUCACCCAUCAACGAGACACGUUCGCCUUCUCCGACAGUCGUGAGGAAAGGCGACUUCCAAGUGAAGAGUGAUCUGCAAGGUGGCCACGCAGAGUCGACCCUGCCGGCUCACAAAGAUAAGGGUCAGGUUGUGAAGGAGGCCAAGCAAAGUCAAUCGACGCAAUCGCCAAAGUCUCAGUCAUCAAACGCGCAGCGCCAAUCGGGUCAGCCCGCAAGAACAAACGGCAACCGGGAGAACGGCCAUCGUGGCGGCAAGAACGAUGGCCAUGGUCACGACGGAGGAUGGCAAAAAGCUACCAAGGGUCGAAAAAAGGGCGAUGGGAAGAACCAAGGCAACGGAUUCGUCUCCAGCGAGCUGCCGCCCAAGCAUGACGCAGAUCGUAAGGGUGGCUAA